UUCUUUAAAAAAUGUUGCAGAAUAAAUAUAAAAAUGUUACACAUUGUAUUUUUGAUAUGGAUGGAUUACUACUUAAUACUGAACAACUUUACUCACAAGCUUUUAAUCGUGUUACAAAUCGCUAUGGGAAAGAAUUUACAUGGGACCAUAAAGCAAAAAUAAUGGGUUUUAAAACUAAGGCUGUUGCACAAGUUGUAAUUGAAAUGUUAUCUUUACCAAUAACAUCAGAAGAAUUUGAAAAUGAGGUAGUAAAAAUAUAUCGAGAAUUAUUCCCAUCUGCAAACCUUAUGCCAGGUGCUGAACGAUUAUUGAGACAUCUAAAUCAAAAUAAUAUUCCAAUUGCACUAGCUACAAGUUCAAAUAAAGAGAAUUUUGAAUUAAAAACUCAAAGAUGGACACAUGUAUUUGAUUUAUUUGACCACAAAGUUCUUGGUGGUUCUGAUCCUGAUGUUGCUAAUGGUAAACCAGCACCAGAUAUUUUUUUGGUUGCUGCAAAACGUUCUCAGUGUCUUGUGUUUGAAGAUGCUCCAAAUGGUGUAAAAGCUGCACUUAAUGCUGGAAUGCAAGUUGUCAUGGUUCCAGAUCCAAUGUUACCAAAGCAAUAUAUUGAAAAUCCAACAUUAAUAAUAAAUAGUUUGGAAGAAUUUCAGCCCGAACUGUUUGGUUUACCACCAUAUAACAUAUAAUAUAUGUGGAAUGC